CUUCACUGGCGUACUGAAGCGUUGGCCAUUGAAGCAUUCUGCAGAGACGCUCAGUAGCCGGCCCGCCAAUGUCUCUGCGACGUUUUUCAAGUUUCUUGGAGAAUGCCAAAGCUACAGUCAAGUUGCCAAAGCGCUCUGUGACGGUGGUUCUCGGAAAUGAAGCAGCUGACCUUGAUAGCGUCGUUUCGUCAUUAACAUACGCAUUUCUUCGUCAUACAUAUGAUGUACCCCACAAUUCUCAAACGAAUAGACCGACGUACAUCCCAGUAGUUGCCAUACCUCGUGCGGACUUCCCCCUCAGAACAGAGUGCACGUUUGCGCUUCGUGAUGUGUUCCCCACAGUAGAUUUUCAAAGCAUUCUCACUUUCCUCGAUGACAUCAAUCUGGACGAUCUGGCGGAAAACACCGAUCUUUCGCUAGUGCUGGUGGAUCAUAAUCGCCUGUCUCCAUUUCUAGAAAAGUUUGCUGGUCAUGUUACUGGAGUGUUGGAUCACCAUAAGGACGAGGGCUGCAAUUUAGAGGCAAAUCCCAGAAUAAUUGCUCCUGUCGGCUCUGCUACGACGCUUAUAGUGGAAGAGUGGGCCAAGCAUCUUACGGUCAAUGGAAACGUUCAGGCAAAUGCUCUGGAACCCGAACUAGCACGGCUUUUACUGGGCCCAAUUCUUCUCGAUACGGUAAAUCUGCAGGUGGAGUACGGACGAACGACGGAAAGGGACAAGCAAGCAGUCGAGUUCCUUCUCCCAUUCGUGAGAGGUGCCAAGAUGUGCGAGGAGGACAACCGUGCAUUCAUGGACCAGCUCUAUACUGGGCUCCAUAAAGCAAAAUUCAGCGUGUCUAACUUAACCUCAUAUGAUCUGUUGCGCAAGGAUUAUAAGGAGUGGAAUGUUGGACCCUUCCGUCUUGGAAUCAGCAGCGUUUCUUGGCACGUGGGUAGUGAAAAUGGUUGGGCGGUAAGGGACGGAAACGGAGACGAAAAGGCCGGGCUUAUGCAAUUGCGUGCAUCAUGUCACAGGUUUGCAGAAGAGAGACAGCUGGACUGCCAUUUGCUUAUGACUGCUUUUGACUACUCCAUGGAGAACCCAACCUCAUCGCGUGGUUUUGAGAGGGAACUCAUGGUCUGUUUCGAUGGGAAGCUUGCGACGAAUGUGCAAGCGAUGUCCCAGAUUUCACUUGCGUUAGAAGCGUCGGAGUUACAGUUGGAAGCCUUGACUGAAGGAGAGUAUUACAAACAGAAGAACAUCACUUGCAGCCGCAAGCAGGUGCAGCCUAUUAUGCAACAUAUUCUUGAAAAUAUUGGCCCGAAGUUCUAGAGGCUAUGCGGCAUUGUUAGACUCCAUUACUCCUAUACUGAAACAUGAGCGUUAAUAGUACUCAUCAAUUAAUCCGAGACGUUUAUACUAUACUUGGGAUGCGCAAA